GAGAACAGCACUCGCACUGGAAAACAAUACAUGUUAUACCACUUUUAUUGUCUCACAAGAAGUGUGAUUCAUUCAUUUCUACGUGUUGAAGAGCUUUGCUGCUUUUUGGAUAUGAACCUGUCAUCCUUGUUAAGAGGUGCUUUUAUCAUCAUUUUUACAUUUCCAAGUCUGGUGUUAAUUUUGCGCUAUAUAAAUACAGAAAACAAGGUGUCUUUGAAUAAAGAGAAACAAAAUAAAGUACAUAUCCUGAUUCUUUCAUCCUGGAGGUCAGGAUCUUCAUUCAUUGGCCAGGUCUUCAGUCAGCAUCCUGAAGUGUUUUACAUAACGGAGCCCUCCUGGCAUGUAUGGAAUAGGAUGUGGAAAAAUGAUGCCAAUAUUUUACAACUACCUGUUCGAGAUCUGAUACGAUCUGUGUUUCAGUGUGACAUGUCUGUUUAUGACUACUAUUUACCAGAACAAAAGACAAAAUCAAAUGUAUUCUCAUGGCAAACCAGUAGGGCCCUUUGCUCUCCUCCAGCCUGUGGAUUUUUCCAGCGUACAGAUAUAAUCAAUGAUAGGGACUGCAAAAAAAUCUGUGGGAAACUUAACUUCAGUACAGUACAGGAAGCUUGCCAGACAUAUAGCCAUAUUGCUGUAAAAGAAGUCAGGUUGUUCAGACUGGAAUCUAUCUAUCCACUUAUUAAUGAUCCAGCUUUGAAUCUCAGAAUAAUCCAUCUUGUCCGGGACCCAAGAGCUGUCCUUAAUUCACGAGAGAAAGCCCUGUGGUCUCUAAUCAAUGAUAAUAAAAUAUUGCUAAAUUCUCAGUCAAAAUCUUUAGGUAAUGAUUCCAAUUAUAAAGUAAUGGAGACCAUUUGUAGAAGUCAGUUCAGGAUUCAUAAGACAGCAACUACUGAAGGUCCAAGUUCCUUAAAGAACCGUUACCUCGUGGUCCGUUAUGAAGAUGUGGCGUUUGAUCCACUGGGAAAAGUAAAGGAAAUGUACAGAUUUACAAACCUGAAUCUAUCUCCAAAACUGGAAUCCUGGAUCCAUGAUAUCACACAUGGAAGUGAAAAAGACUAUACAGAAUUUCAGAUAACAUCACGUGAUGCUCAGUCCAUUUCCCACUCUUGGAGAAAUAAACUUUCUUUCCUGAAUGUUACAAAAGUGCAGCAAGUGUGCAAAGAAGCAAUGGAUUUAUUUGGUUAUAAGCUAGUAAGUUCUGAAAAAGAACUAAAAUCCUUUUCACUAGAUUUAGUUAGCCGUGACAAGGCUGUCUCCGUGAAAAACAAACAUAGGUUUUGGUAGCUAUGUUAUUCUGUCACGGACUCAAGUAGGCCGGUUCUAUUCACAUUACACUGAAUGUGGCAUUGAUAUGCAGUAUUUGAUUACCAGAAAAUACUAUGUUUCUUCAUUAACAAGGCACUGGAGCUCUUCAGUGAAACAGUAGUAUUUAUCAAACCUUUACCUUUGUAGUUCUGUCUAGAGGUUUCUGAAUAACUUUGUUUUAUGUAAAAAAGCCUUUAAAAUUGUGUUUACCAAGUAAACAUUACCAAUGUUAGAUUUAAUUAUUUUAGAAAUAUAUCUGUAACACUGAAUUUCCUUUUCUUAUAUUUCAAAAAGAAAAACAGCAUUCAGCUGAUGUUCUUCUAUCUAAAAAGAGAAUACCAUAAUAUUAACCUUUUUUUAAUGUAACUUCACAGUGUUUACAAACAUUGGAAGAAAGGCACAUUCAUGCUUCCAUAAAUUCUACAUCAACUGAAGCAUAAAUGUUAUUGUAAAACCAAAGUAUAUUCGUUUUUGAGUUGCCCAUCAUUAUUGUGUACUGUUUUACUGUUGCAUGUUUCUGAAAAUGCAUUUAAUGAAGGAAUGAUGACAUUGAGGACGUGUGUGUGUGUGUGUGAAAAUGACAUAUAGUUGAGAAGGGGUGUCUGAAAGACAACUAUAACUCAGCAUUGUUGAGCUAGUCUUUAAACUGAAGAAACGUCUAACAUUACAUGUUAUUCUGCUAGUUUAUCACUUUGGUUUAUAUUAUGAUUUUGAAACUCAUAGCUGAUACUGAAAGAGUAACCAAAUGUAUGCUAAGAAAUUACAAAUACGUGAAUCUAAAAUGAACAUAUUUUGCCUGUUGUGUGAACCAAAUGCUAAUUAAUUACAGUUAGAUUGUUCUCUGAUGUGAAACCCAUCAGAAUCAGAUUUAGAAUAAGAUUUUCACUAUUUUUGCCCACUUUAUAAAAACCUCAAGGAAAAAUAUCAACCAUUAACACACCUGACAAAGUCUUAAGACCGUUAAAGCAAAAGAGAAGGCUAUGAAUGUUGUGCGUCAGUAUGUGACAUACCAAUGUAAUACAGUGUGGCUUUUUUUCAAUGUUAGUGAUGUAAGUUAGCAGGUCAAAGAUAUCCAUGUAGAUUAAUAACAGAUUUAGUGCAAGGGUACCAGAUCAGAUGAGUUUAACCAUGUGAUUGCAAAGUCUCUGCUUUCCUACUGUUAAAUGUUGUCCUGCUAUAAUUAACAUAAAACAAGUACAUGUGUUCUUUGGAUGAGGCUUCUGAAAUCCUAUUACUUACAUGCAGACUUAUUGAGUGUAUAGUGACGUUUAAUGGUCUGAAGCACAUCUGAACAAGUGUAGCACUUCUUUAAGCUUUUAAAGAUAAAUGUUUAUGUAGACCUGCAUUAUUUUUACCUGACCUGAUGCAUUUUCAUUCCAAUGCAUCAUAAUAAAUAUAAGUGGAAAGCAAGAAAACUGAA